UCAGAUAUCCUCUCAGCAUCCACAGAAAAGUCCUGAGCUGUCUGAGAUCAAGAUGAUUAUCAGAGGUGAUACUCCGACCAGAAGCAUGCCUCAGGAGCUGGAGCAAAGAAUGAAAACCCAAACAGAUUCAAGCAUGGAGGAAAAUUCUCCCGAGUGCAGAGAAGAUGCUGCACAAAAGACAGCAGGGGAGUUAGAGAAAGUAACAGAGAACAAGAAGAAUCAAGAUGUGGUGAAGUUAGAAGACAAAGGUCUUCAACGAUCAGAAUCUCCUGAACUGGAAGCUGAUGUGGUCCCUCAUAGCCCUGAAACCUCUAUCGACUGCCCCAUCUGCCAGGGAUCGUUUCCUGCAAGUAAAAUUGAGAUGCAUGCGGCUUACUGUGAUGGAGAGGUGACUGUAGUCAACCAGAGGGUUCCUGAAAGCGAUCAUGUCCAAGAUUCAACAAAACCUCGCAGGAAGAGGAUGAAGAGAACAGAGGCGUCGUCAGAGGAACUUACUACUUUGUCUGAUGUUUGCAGACGGCAGGAGAAAUGUUAUAUCUGUCAGAAACAUUUUCCUCUAAAAGAUUACAGCCGACACACAGAGCUCUGCGUUCAGCGUGGGACAUUCAGGAGGGCAGCCAAAGGAAAUCUGCUGUCUGCUCUGGAGCAAACAGAAAGCAAGAACUCAGGUGCAGGACCGUCAGGAUCCAAACCCCAACCAGAAGCAGUUAUUGAUCUGCGGGAUGACGACGAUGAUGAUGAAGAUGAAGGAGAACAGGAGGCUUCAGGGUACAGGGUCAGUAACUCUCCCAUCAGAUCAUUCACCCCCAUUUCUGAGGCCACUGGAUGCCUUAUUGACUUCAGGAAACAGCAGCGAACCAAGAAGCCGACUCAAAGACGAAGAUGACGUUGUGAAGAAGGAGCCAGAACCCUAGCUGUCAACAGGCUGAAUAGGCGGCCAGUGUUUGGAAUAAGCCUUCUUCUGGACGUUUUGUUUAAACAGAAACUGAGCACUUGAAUAUUGAGGGGAAACUGUCUUUGACUCUGUUAAAACCACUGAUGGUGGCUAAUGUCAAACUACCUCCUCAUUUGUAAAAACAUUCCCUCUAUUUUACUGUAAUACAAUUUUUAAUUCAAUGUCAAUAAAAAAAAAUGCAUCUAUUUUGAAAUAAACUUUGUUUUUUCUUAAAAA